AUCAGUUUGUACAGUAGUGGACUUACGCAUGUGCAGCCGGCCGGAACACAAAUUAAUUAAGCAUCACUCACUAGCUUGCUGUCAUAAUAAAUAAAAAAAUAGAAUAAACAUUAAUUUAUCAUAUAUAAUACUAUUAGUAUGGUACCAAGUUGCGUAAAUAAAUAAUUGUAGCUUAGAUAGACCAUUUGCUUAAUUACCCAGCCCGAUGUAGUUGUGGAGUAGAACAAUCGCUCCCCUCUCCCCUCGUCUCUUCGUUCUCUUCUUAAUUUCUACUGCUGCAUUAAUUCUUAUCUCGAUCUAUCUAGAGAUUCUAUAGAUUCUAUACUAUCUCGCAAUCGAUAUAUGCAUGGCGGAGUGCAUCUGUAAGGUUGUUGAUGCGGCGAUCUCUCCGCUGGUGAGCCUCGUCACGGAGCAUCUGACGUAUCUUCUUAAAGUGGAGGACAAUUUGGACGAGCUCAAGAAUGUCGCCGCCGAGCUGGCCGCCAGGAGGAAGGAUGUAGACGAGAGGAUCCGGUCCGGCUGCAGAACAACCGGCGGCACUGCGACGAACGAAGUGAGCGAGUGGCUGCAGGGGGCGGACAGCAUCGUAGCGCGAGCGGAGGCGCUCCACAGAAGGUACGCCGAGCGGACGCGGUGUCUCGGAGGCUGCUCUGUCGAAUUCUGGUCGACCUACGCGGCUGGCAAGACCGCCGCUAAGAUGAUUCCGGACGCCAGGCGGGAGUUCGACCGUGGAGUACUGUUCCAGCAGGUCGUCAACGUUUCGGCCGGGAGGCACGACAAGUCGGAGAUUGACAACCCGUCGGCGGCGGGAAGAGAAAACCGGUAUCUUGAUCAAGCACUCGAAUUUAUCAACGAUGAUGCGGUGAAGAUGGUUGGAAUCUGGGGCAUGGGAGGGGUGGGGAAGACCCACCUCCUCAAGUCCAUCAACAACUCGUUCGCUCGCCAAACAUCUUUCGACGUCGUGAUCUUCGUCACAGCGUCUAGAUCGUGCUCCGUCGCACGGAUUCAAAGCGAGAUCGUGAAUACGCUCGGCUUGACCGCGAUAAACAAUGUGCAGGACCAGGCCAGAAUCAUCUCAGACUUUUUGCGCGAAAAGAAUUUUCUCCUGCUGCUGGACGAUCUGUGGGAACGACUCGACCUGGGAGCCGUCGGCGUUCCGAUGCCUUCGGCCGCAGGCGAGCAGCUUAAAAGAAAGGUGGUGUUGACAACGAGAUUUUUGAAAGUCUGCGGCCAGAUGGGUGUAAGCAGGAGGAACAGCAUCAAAGUGGAAUGUCUGGACCGCGACGACGCUUGGCUUCUCUUCCGAGAGACUGUCGGCGAAGACACGAUCGGCUCUAGUCCUGCCGUCGAAGCCCUCGCAAGAAACCUAGCCAGAAAGCUGGGCGGCUUGCCCCUCGCUCUCAUUACCGUCGGAAGAGCCAUGUAUGAUAAGGAUGAUUCGAGGGAAUGGGGACAUGCCAUCGACCUGCUGCAGGACGCGCGCCACGAUGAGGUCGAUCCGGAUGCAAAGGAAGAAAGCUUGUUCCACACCUUAAAGUUUAGCUACGAUAGGCUGCGGAGUGAUGCCUUGAGAGAUUGUUUGUUGUGCUGUUCCUUGUGGCCUGAGGAUUUCUGCAUCGCCAAAAAUGAUCUUAUCCUUUGUUUGUUGGGGUUGGGCGUGAUCGACGGGUUCGACGACAUGCGGAGCGCGUAUAACAUAGGAUACGAUCUCAUAGCUAGCCUGCGAUCUGCAUGCCUUUUGAAUGACGACCUUGGCUUCGGAGUGAGGGUGCACGACGUUAUUCGCGACAUGGCACUGUGGAUAGCUUGCGACUGCGGGCAGAGGAAGAAGAAAUGGUUUGUGAAGGCAGGACUGGGGUUGACGGAGGUGCCGCCGCAAGGUACGGGAAUUGUAUGGGGCGAGACCGACCGCGUGUCGUUAAUGCAUAACAGGAUCAAAGCAUUUCACGACUCUCCUGGCAGUUCCUCCCCUGCCGCACUUACAACCUUGAUUCUGCAAGGUAAUCUGCUAAGCGAAAUUUCGCUCGCGGCUUCUCCCUCCCUCGCGGCUCUCGCUUACCUAGAUUUGUCUCACAAUAGACUCAACGGUUUCCCGGAAAAUAUAUGUCGGCUGACCGCCCUUCGAUACCUCAACUUGUCGUUCAAUGAAAUCCCGGAAUUGCCUGCGGAGCUUAAACUUCUGACUAGCCUCGAGUACUUGAUUCUGCGCAAAAGCAACGUCCAGAUAAUUCCUGCGGGUGUUAUACGCGAACUCGAGGCGCUUCAAAUGCUGGACUUGCACGGAUGCGACUUGGAUUUGAAGUGCCCGCCGUGGCUAUUCGAAGAGUUGGAGGCGCUCAACAACCUGAAAGCUCUAGGAUUCAAUGUUAAGGAUGUGAACCAGUUAAAUCGGCUCGAUGAGUUACAGAGGACGAGAAUUCGGUCCCUCUACAUAUUUAACUUAGAGCAAAAGACUCUCCCCUUGCUGGCCACUCCUCUCGGCAGCUCUCGAAUACAGAACAGCUUGUUCGAUCUGGAGAUUGUCGGCAGCUCCACUUUAGAGGAGAUAGUAUUCGACGACGCCCGUUCAAAUCGCAACCCGUGUUUUCACAACCUGGAGUGGCUAUCCUUCAGCGGGACGCCGAGAUUGAACAUCGCGUUGGACCGAUUGGUAGCCAGGAAAGUUUUUCCGAGGCUCUGUGCUUUGGAUUUCAGGUUUUGCGACAGCCUGAAGGAUGUUUCUUGGAUCGCGCAUCUCCCGUGCCUUCGCAUACUAAUUAUGUGCGCGUGCCGAAGAGUGACACAGCUUAUUUCUAGUACACAGAACGAUGACGGUAAAGGAGAAGUCGUGGCGGCGCCUACCUUUCCUUCCCUCAAAGGGAUAAAAUUGAUCAACUUGCCGGCGCUGCAAUGUGUGUGUGAUCCUGCAUACACCUUUCCAUGUUUGGAACAAUUUGAGGUUAGAAUGUGCCGGAGGCUUACGAAGCUGCCUUUCCGCGCCGAUACCAUCCCCAAAAACUUGAAGUUUAUUAGAGGUGAGAAAAGAUGGUGGGAAGGAAUAGAAUGGGAGGACGACGUCCACAGAGCUUCCCUUAAAUUUUUGAGGACCCCAUCUCUACCCUUUCGUUUCUUUCAUACAUAUAUAUAAGAUAGUAGUUUCUCUGAUCUACUGGGCUAGUUGUGUGUUUCGUUUUAGUGAUUCUCUUGUGCGACUUAGAAGCUACUUGCGUGUUUUUUCUCAAUUAUUGUUGUUGUGAGUUGAAAAUUAAUGCAAGUGUAUGAGUUGUCUUCAUAUAAUCCAAUUAAUGACU